GUCCUGUGUGGAGAGGAUGCGAGGAUGGAUUGAGACACACAUCUCCCUCUCUCUCUCUUUCUUUCCUGCUCUCCUUCAUUUCUGCUGAGCUCAUGUGAAGAACCGCUCUGCCUUCUCUAGCCCUUCUCGGAGGAUUCUGCUCUAGAGAUGCCAUCUGGGAAUUCUGUGGAGAUUUGAAGCUGGCGCAAUGUCUCAGCUCCUGCACAUGGAAAUCCCUAACUUUGGCAGUGCGGUGCUGGACAGCCUGAAUGAGCAGCGACUUUUGGGCCAGCACUGUGACGUGGCCAUCAUGGUGAACGGCCAGGCCUUCAAGGCCCACCGUGCCGUCCUGGCUGCCAGUAGCCUUUACUUCCGUGACCUCUUCAGCGACAGCAGCCAGACCCUUUUCGAACUGCCUUCUUCAGUCGCGCCUUCAUGUUUCCAACAGAUCCUGUCGUUCUGCUACACCGGCCGGAUGACGGUGACAGCAAGUGACCAACUUAUGGUCAUGUACACAGCUGGGUACCUGCAGAUCCAGAACAUCGUGGAACGUGGGAUGGACCUGAUGUUCAAGGCCAAUGCUCCUUACUGUGACUCGCAGACAUCUGCCACAGACGAUCCUCCCAGCCCAAACAACAACAACGCUUCACUGUUGCUAGGCGACCGGCCCACAGCCAUCUGCAAAAUUAAAGAAGAGAAGCUGGAGACCCCUGUGUGCACUCAGAGCGGUGAGCAUAAGCAAGCCGAAUAUGACGCUAAGGGACUCAGAAGCAGAUCUUUGAGGGGAAGUGCACUUUUCUACACUACCGGUGCUGGGAACGGGACCCUGAGCGUGGUUCACCCAUACGAGCACCCAUCCAGAGAUCACUCUAGCCCAGGAGCAUCCAGUCUACCCACCACAGACAGCCCCACGUCCCAUCAGAAUGAAGAAGAGGACUUUGAAGAUGACUCAUAUGACAACCUUACCGCCGGGAAGAUCUACGGUGUCUCGGCCAGUCUCUAUAGCAUGCACGAGAAGAUGGAGGUGUCCUCUCUGCCUCCUUCACUGGAAAGCCGUUUCUGCACACUGCUCGGAGGCGACAGAGAAGCUCUUCCUGCUGGCCUCAUCAGUCAGAUUGGCUACCGGUGCCAUCCUGCACUCUAUACGGAGGGAGAUCCGGGGGAGAGACUGGAACUGAUUGCAGGAUCUGGUGUGUUCAUGACACGUGGGCAGCUCAUGAAUUGCCACUUGUGCGCCGGGGUCAAACACAAAGUCCUUCUCAGGCGCCUGCUUGCUGCUUUUUUUGACAGGAAUACAUUGGCAGACAGCUGCGGGACAGGCAUCCGAUCCUCCAACUGUGAUCCCAACCGCAAACCGUUGGACAGCCGCAUCCUGAACACAGUCAAGCUCUACUGUCAAAACUUUGCCCCGAACUUCAAGGAAAGCGAGAUGAACGUGAUCGCCGCCGACAUGUGCACCAACGCCCGCCGGGUCCGUAAGCGCUGGCUGCCCAAGAUCAAAUCCAUGCUGCCCGAGGCUAUCGAGGUCUACCGGGGCUCUGUGUUGUUGGGUCAGGUGGAUGGCGUUACCCAGCCUACACCUUCUUUCUUGUUCGAGUCUGAAUUUAAGCACCUGGCCCAGGCGAACCUGACUCUGGAGCAGCAUCUCUACGGAGACUGCAGAGAGACACUGAGAAACGGCGCUCACUUCCCUGGAGCUGUUGUAGAAGAGAGGGCCAGCACGGACGCCAGCAAGGCUGAAGCAGUUCGACCACGGCCAGGAGAGAGCCCGGAGGAUGGGACUUCAAGGCAUGUAGAGAACUCUGAGAGAGAAGGGACUGUUCUGGCCCUUAAUCCGGCUAGUAAGAGGGCAGACGGGGACGGUAGCAGCCCCAAAAGCCAGCCAGAGGAACCCAGAGGAGAGCGAGCUCUGGUGGAAGACCAGUGAGUUCCUCUUUUUUGCCAUUUUAACCUGUUAUGGCUUAAAUUAAAUGUCAAAAGCUGCACGAUGGACAUUGACUUGCAAAAAACUUUAAAGCCAAAUUCACCAAUUUGCAAAAAGCUGCAAGGAAUCAAAGUCAUUUAUCAUAAGUAAUACUCUUUCUAUUACAAAUGUAAACACACAUAUACACACACACAUGCGAACACCGACUGGGUGGGUUGUUAUGCAUGUGAUGCCGAGCAUUUCAUUGACUUCUUUUCCUUAGAAUGACGAUACAUACAAUAUAUUGAUAUACUGACAUAAUGGCUAAAUGGUACAUGGACCCCUGCAUGGCAAGAUUAUAUACAAGCAAAAAGACAAUGGACCCGCACAGUAUCGCAACAUACGUCGCUUCAGAUAUCAGAGCCGUACCGCUGUUUUGGACUAUAAGAGCAGGCGAGCACAGAGGUACUUUAUUAAAAAACAGCUGACUGUGGGAACACAGAGUAGGAAGCAGAACAGAGAACAUCAUUUCUCUAGAGAGAGAAAUGCUGGACUCUCAGUUUCUCCUCCCAUGCUCUUUUUCUCUCUCUUUAUUCGCUUGGGCUCAGGCUGCUCUAUUGUACAUGCUUGCCUGAUUUUUGCAUAUCAGCUGGUCUGGGAAAUUGAAUUUCUGGUGGUUUUCGAAGUGAAAUAAAGGAAAGAAUUAUUUUGAGGGACAUACUGGUACUGCUUUUUACAUCUCACACAGAAUGUCGAUUUAUGGCAGUUUAUGAGGGAAAAAACCUAAACAAUAUGCACUGUUACCAUUUUUGUAAGAGGGUCUAAAAUAAGAGAUUAUGUUUACUCUAGUGAAUGUCUGCUGGCACAACCACACAAACGAAAACAUUAUAUUUAGGGUGGCACAGCAUGUAGUAUUGGUGCAGCGCAGCUCCAGGAUUUGCAGACCUGGGUUCCUUGACUCUAGUUACUGUCUUUGUGGAUUUUCUUUCAGAUGUAUGUAAAUUGGCUAUUCAAAAAUAAAGCCUUAAUGAUU